CCGAGCCGGGAGCCCGCGCCCUGCGGCCGGCUGCCGGCGGCAAUGAAGAUCUGGAGCUCCGAGCACGUGUUUGGCCACCCAUGGGACACCGUCAUCAAAGCUGCCAUGAGGAAGUACCCGAAUCCAAUGAACCCCUGUGUCGUGGGAGUUGACGUGCUGGAGCGCAGUGUGGACAGCCGGGGCCGGCUUCACAGCCACCGCCUCCUCAGCACCGAGUGGGGGCUGCCCGGCUUCGUGAAAGCGAUUUUGGGAACGAGUAGGACUUUGACAUACAUCAAAGAACAUUCUGUUGUGGAUCCAGUAGAAAAGAAAAUGGAACUUUGUUCCACCAACAUCACACUCACAAACCUGGUGUCGGUGAACGAGAGGCUGGUGUACACUCCGCAUCCGGAGGACCCUGAAAUGACUGUGCUCACACAAGAAGCCAUCAUCACUGUGAAGGGGAUCAGCCUCGGCAGCUAUCUGGAGAGUUUGAUGGCCAACACGAUAUCAUCCAACGCAAAGAAGGGUCGCGAGGCCUUGGAGUGGGUGAUCGGCCGACUUAACACGGAGUUGGAGGGCCUGGCAGCCCCCGCCUGCACCAGAGCGUGAAGCCGCCCCCCCCCCCCCCCGCAGCGUCUGGACCCGGAGUCGCAGGUCCAGCGAAGGUGGCAGGCGAUCACCCCCCACCCCCUGCCGGCCCCCUGCAGGGGACUGCGCGCGCUCGCCCACGCUUGUCUGUCGGAGGGAGCAUUCGUGAUUAGUGCAUGCCUAGAGACAUUUAGGAAAGGGACUCUGGGGGAGGAAGUGAAUUUGCCACAUCUUGGCCUAUAGCUUACCUUCACCUUUAUCUUUACUUUUUUUUUUAAUGGAAAGUUUUGUUUAAUAAACAAGUUAAAUCUCUAAUAUCCCUUCCCCAGAAGCCAAAAAUAUCAGAGUGUAAAAGGGAAUGGCUUUCUCCCAGCGUUCACAUAGAAGUUUCUCGUGGGUUUUGAUCCUAAGUUUUCUGUGAUCACAACCCCAGGAGAUUACGGGAGGCCCGCCCCCCACCGCGCCAGCUGGGGGCCUCUGCGCUGUGCUCGGUGCUGACGGGCCCCUGCUGACGUUUGGUGACAUUCCACAAAUGGAACAGUGUUCUGCAUGCAUGCUGACUUUCCAGAUUUUAUCUUCCACUGACCACAGAACUUAGAUUUAACUUAGGAUAUGGGUUUUUAAUUAUAUGCAUAAAGCAAAUAACAUAAAGCAUCCCUAUUUCAUUUUAGUUUCUGAACAUGAAAUAGGAUACCUUUUUCCUUAUGUUUUAACUAAACCAACCAGUUUAGUUUUUAGAAGAGAAAGGACUAUCAGGAGAAACUAGUUAUUUUGAUAAUGUCAUAUUACUUGCUUUAUUUUCUUGCCCAAAGUAUAGAAAUAAAUCCAGAAUCCUGCUGCCUUUCCUUCGUUUCCAGUGUUGCAUCCUUGUUAUUGUGGCCCUUGAGUUUGGUAGGAAUAAAAGUUAAAUACAUUAGUUACUGUGACCACUCUUCAGCUACACCAGAAGUUACUGGGAUGCUGCUUCCUCUGGGAAGUUGGGCUUUCUAAAGCGGUGUGAGCACAACAGGCCAUCCUAUGGUCUUUGCGUGGUACCCACCUUCUGGUUAAGUAGCUGCUUCCAGAAGGUUCUUCUAGAAGCAGAGCCAGGUGCUCUCUGGAAACAAAGUUUGUUUCCCUUUUUUGUAGGAAAAGUGGUUGUACUACGUAUUCUUUGAAGACUGUUCCACCCAUUUGGUGUUAGAUCCAACUAUUAAAACUGUAUCUGA